AUGAUGCCCCCGCGGGGGGCGGUGGGCUCCUGCCGCCGGCGGCGCCUGGCGCCCCUCAACGAGGACAACGGGCGGUUCCUGCUGCUGGCCGCCCUCAUCGCGGCGUACCUGAGCGCCGGCGCCACCGUCUUCUCGGUCCUCGAGAGCCCGUCGGAGGCGGCGGCGCAGCUCCGCUGGAACCGGACCCUCCACAACUUCAGCCGCAUCUUCAACAUCAGCCUGCCGGAGCUGCGCGCCUUCCUGCGGAGCUACGAGGCGGCCAUGGCCGCGGGCAUCCGCGUCGACGCCCUGCGGCCCCGCUGGGACUUCCCCGGCGCCUUCUACUUCGUGGGCACCGUCGUCUCCACCAUAGGUUUUGGAAUGACCACACCAGCAACCGUGGCUGGAAAAGUAUUCCUCAUCAUUUAUGGCCUUUUUGGGUGUGCCGGGACUAUCCUCUUCUUCAACCUCUUCUUGGAGCGCAUCAUCUCCCUCCUGGCAUUUAUCAUGAAGGCGUGCUACGAGAGACAGCUGCGAAGAAGUGGUCUCCUACCUCCCAACUUCCGAAGGGGGCCAGCGGUGUCCGGGGUGGGCAGCCUCGUGGGCUGGAAGCCGUCCGUUUACCACGUGAUGCUGAUCCUGGGAAUUUUUGCUAUUGCCCUUUCCUGCUGCGCCUCCGCCAUGUACACGGCAGUGGAAGGGUGGAACUACAUUGACUCCUUGUAUUAUUGCUUUGUCACCUUCAGCACCAUUGGCUUUGGAGAUUUGGUAAGCAGCCAAAAGGCUGUGUACCAACAUCAGGGAUUAUACAGAUUCGGGAACUUCAUGUUUAUAUUAAUGGGGGUAUGUUGCAUAUACUCCCUUUUUAACGUCAUCUCAAUUGUAAUCAAACAAAUUUUGAACUGGGUGUUGAAAAAAUUCGAAUGCAGAUGUUGCCCAAAGUGCCAUAAAUCCAGUACCCGCCUCAGCCGUCGCAACGCCAUCACCCCAGGAGCCCGCCUGCGCCGCCACAACGUCGCCGUGGACACUGACGGACAGUACGACAGUGACACCGAGGGCAGGAGGCUCUCUGGAGAGAUGAUCUCCAUGAGGGAGCUCACAGCCUCCAGUAAAGUCUCCCUGGCCAUUUUGCAGAAGCAGUUGUCCGAGACAGCCAAUGGCUACCCGAGGAAUGUCUGUAUCAAUACGAGACAGAACGGUUUCUCUGCGGGGGUGGGGGCUCUGGCCAUCAUGAACAACCGCUUGGCAGAAACAAGUGAUUCUAGGUAGAGUUUUUGGAAUUCCUUUUGUUUCUUAAAUAAAAAUAAAAUGGUGGUUAGGGUGGAAUUACCACAUAAGCUACUGGAAGGUUUUACAUGUCAGAGACAGCCUUGGUAUUGAUUGGGUGUUCAGCAUUUUACUUCCUGGGGGUUUUAUAAGUUUUCUCUAAUAUGCUGUGAGAUCUUUACCAUUAUGUUACAAUUUUCCCCUAAGGGGGUUUUAAAUGAGACUUGGAUGUCUUUGAUGCAGAAUCUGGUGCAAUUACAGAAGGAUGGUGUGUAUGGUUAGGAUGGUGUCAAAACCAACAUGUUCUUCAGAACGGAGCCUGAACACAAACUCUGUGUUAAAAGGCAUGAAGUGGGCAAGCUGGGCUCUGGAUUCAAACAUGGGCUUGGUAAGUUUUGGCUAACCAGUAUCUCACAGUUUGCUGAGGUCUGGGUCUGGCCCUGAGCCUGGUACUCAGUGCUCUUCAGCAAUUCCUCGUAGCAGUCCUCUAUAUGACAUGCCCAUAGGUGACUGUCGUCACACCAGCUUUAGGGUGACUGUGCUUCACUUCAGUAAUCCCAGUGACUUCAGUGGCAGAGGAUGGAAUGGGCUGAACCCCCCUCCUACAAAUGGUGGAGUUCAGCCAGGCUUGUCUGAAAGACCACCUGCCACCUAACUCUUAAAAGUCAGGGGAUUAUCAAGGACCACGUUGAAGUGUACAAAACUUUUCCUACCUACUGAAUAACAGAAAACAGGCAAUUGUCAUCUUCAGAACUGGCUUCGUUUAAUGCAAGAGAAGCCGGUAUGCACCUCUGGUGUCAAAUGUUUGCAUCACCACAAAAAUGCUUACUUCAUUACUUUCUCAUUGAAAUAAGUCACUAAAAUGAAUGUAGGCUCUCUGUUGUCCUAAAUUUGCAUCUCUUACUUCUGCAGUAUUGUUGCAGAGAUUUGUGCAAAUAAUUUCCUUGCAGUUCUUUGAGGGCUCCAACCCUGGAUUUGUUUCCCACAAUUUUGACUGUGCAGGUUGUACAGAAGGGCAUUGCUUUGGACUUCCCCCAGAAGCUGGCUUCCCCAGAAUGUUGAUACCAAGUCAUAAAUUGGACUUUAGCUGUUGCUGCUACCAUCUUAAGCCAUAUUUAACCUGUGCUAGCCCAAUCCACUGAAGAGCCAAAAGCAAAUCUGGUCUAGAGUGUGUAGUUUAGCAUGACAAGGGGAUGCAGAGGAUUUGCUGCAAACCUCAUUCAAAAAUUCACACACAGCUCUGGAUCAUUUCUCUAAAUUCUCUCAAUUACACUGUGAAGAUGAUAAAACGACUUCUGCUGAUUCCAAACAAGAAACAAACCCUUAAGCUUAUAUUCUGAGAAGCCUUCUCUCGAAAACUUACUGGAAAAUUGUAGGCAAGACCAUGAGUGUUGCUAGAGGACACAAAAUGAUUCACACAAACAUCUCUCAGUGUCAGAACAAAAAACUGUCCCUUUAUUCUCUGGCUCCAGUAUUUAUAGAUUCUCAACAAUGACCAGAGAUUGGAUAAUUAUGUUACCACCUUCCCAAUCACACUGGUCAUGAGAAACGUCCAUCAAAAGAUGCUUCUUGGAAGGAAUGUGAUAAACAACUUAGGUUUAUGUUAUUUUCAUGUGAAUGUAACUAAAACUAUGAAAACAGUAUCAGAAGGCUUCAGUUUCCAGGGCGACAUCUCACCCUUUCUCCUUUAAAAAAGAAAAAGAAAAAAGGAAAAAGAACAAUAUUCUAAACAAUCAGAAGGCUCUAGUUUCAGGGUGAUACAUGAGUAGUAGGUUGGUCACUGAAUAAAUUGAACAAGCUGAUAAACACAAAUUAGGAAUAUUAGAAAUGUUUGAAAAUAUUUCCAUGAAAUUUUAUAUAGAUAUUUUACUCUAUUUACUUACUUUGUUUUGCAUGGGGUUGGAGUAACCAUCAUUUUUGCUUUCUUUUAAAUCUGUAGAAGUGUAAAAUGUUUUGGAAUUUACCCUUGGAAAACCAACUUUAAAUUGGAGGUUUUGCACACCUGAGCCUGCCAGCUGAAUUAUGGUGUUGAAUGUAUCUUUUUCCUAACCAAAAGGAAUCAGAGCUGGAGAUAAACCAUCACACAUGGGUCUGUAUCACACUGUAAAUGUCACAGCUUUUAUCAAGAUGUGUUUGGCCAGAAACAAGCAGUGAUGAUUGUAACGUGUUUCCAGCUGGCACAGACUCACACUUAAAAUGCUGUGAUAUGGUAGGGGCUGCAUUCAAGAGGCAGGAGUUUUCUUGGUGGUAGAGAGACUUCUCAAGGUCCAUCUGUCGGAGUGCCUGACUGUCUGUGCACUCAUCCUCUUUAAGGAGGCAGGAGGAGGUGUUUGGGGCUCCUUUUGAAGCCCACUGAAAGAUAAAUUUAGGCAGGAUGUACAGGGACAGACAGUCUGGAGAAGACUCUGACUGCUGGAGGACCCAGUUCAGGCAGGUGCCUUCCAGAGAUGCAAGGGAAACAGCACAGGCAGAGAGCCAAAAUAAUGAAAAUUUGUUAUAGCCCCUUGGGAUUAUCCCCACAGGUAAAUCUCUUACAAUGAUGAUUUAUGUGUUUGUUUAUCAAAAGAGUGAAUAGUACCCUGCUUUUUUUUGCAGCCCGACCUCUUAGGGUUGUAUCUUGGUGCAUUUGUCAUCAUGAGGACUAUUACUCAUUAGAACUAUUAUAUAAAUCAGGGCAGACAGGCUCUGUCCCAGAGGGCUUGAACAGCUAGGGCCCCAAACCACAGCAAGAAUUACCUGUUUAUUAUUUCACUCAUAAAAACUUGCUCAAAUGUAUCAACAUUCUGUGAGCUCAAGAACUCUUAUUUUUUAUGGUAACAAAUUUGCAAAUUAAGGAGGCUUUUUAUUUUCAGUGAGUUGUUUUAAAGGAUAAAUAUUACAGCUAUGAUUAGGAUCCUGUUUAAACUGUAAAUCUGUGAAUUGUUUUCAAACUACUUAUUCCAGCCUGACAACUACAGUGAAGUAAUAUGAAAUUGUACAUACCUCCUCUGUACUUUUUCUGGGUCCAGGCAAAGGCAGACACACAGUCUGCUGUUACAUGAUUGAAAUGUUUCCAAGUCUCUCUGGUGCCAUCAGUCACAGGGGUGCCUUUGCAGGAUCCUUUGCAGUUCUUAUUAGCUCCAGAGGAAUUUGGACCAACUCUUAGAGCUGGGCAUCUCAAGGGAUUUGGGCAUCAGAUUGCUGCUCUGUUCACUUAGAUCUAAUGUUUACUUACACCCACGGACCUUGAUAAUCUCCACUGUGCUUCUCCUUAGCCUCAGAGGCAUAGAAAGUGCAUGCUCAGUUAUUUACCAGUGCAGGUCACAUAUCCCUAGAAGUUGACAUAAAUCAACCACAGGGAGCACCAGGCCAUAUCUAAGUCCUGUAAAAACCCCAAACACAUCUGGCUCAGCAAAGCUCAGUUUAUGAGAGAGUCAGAGCACAGUGACCUGGGUCUCACUGGGAAGCAUCUGCUGAAGGGUGGCCUUACAGUUCCUUCAUAUUCAGUAGCAGAAGUAUUUUUCAAGGAUGCAUGGAAACAAAGCUCCAAAUCUCUACUUUUCAGGCUGCCAGCCCUACCUGGGCACCCAUCACCCCUGUGCAUGACAAAAUGAGCCAAGAGGACAUAGGAGGUUUGAGAUGAGUCUUUCCCAUCCCUUGUGCUCUUCCUUUAGCUUUUCUUUUUUUUCUUUUUAAUGUCAACUCCUCUUCGAACUUUUAUUGUGCAUGGUCCAACUCAGAUUCCCCAGGGCAGCCUGCUCCAUUUGUGAAUUAACCCCUAAACAUGCACCAGUUGCACCAAGUGCAGUUCCUCCUGGUGUUUCAUUUUCACAGACAAAGCAGAUACCAGCAAUACCUGGACACAGACUGAAGCACAAGAAAUCAGACGGAAAUGGGAGGAACAGAGUGGGAAAGUGAAAGCACACUGCACUAGAUUGCACUUUCUUUGCAGGUAACUUGGGAGUUGUAUUACAUCCUUCAAAUGUUUUUUGUUUUUUCAGAAUUAAUUAUGGAUAGCCUUGAAAGAGUAUGGUUGACUUGGGUUUUAAAAGUUCGUCUUCCCUGGUACAACCCCCUCUGCACCACUUUGUAGAGCAGCAGCUGUAACUCUGCUUUACACAGACCAAACAUCCCAGCUGCCUGCAGGCAGCACAGACCUGAGCUCAGACCCUGUCUCCCAGAUAGGUCUUUUGCUGCCUGAGCCCAGGGAAGAGCAAUCAGGAGCAGCAGAAAGCUGCAGGAAUUAGAGGACUUCUCUGUGAGCUGGCCCCUGGUGAGAACAGCAGUGGCACGGGUGUGAGCUGCUUGGACAAAGGAGAUACCACAUUCACCUGGCACCUGCACUAAUACCUUGCAGAUGAAAAUUAAAACUUAGGUGAGAAUUUAUGAGCAACAAUGACCAAGUUCAAGUGACAUCUUCUCUUAGCCCUGGAGGUCAUCCACAAAGAUUAAUUUCUUGUGAAACCUGUAGCAUUUGGCAAGUCACUACAUUGAACUCUCGGGGUUUGUUUUCCCCAUGUGUGUCUUGGACAAAGUUUGGAGUCACAGCAAGAUGUCAUCUGGUUCUCAUUGUUUUCUUCCCAUCUGCAAACACAGUUCUCACUUUGAAAAAAUUCAAGUGGCUCUUUAUUUCCUUGCAGUGUGAAGGACAACCUUCAGACCAUGUAGAUGUUCAGAGCAGUCUCAGUGAGCUCAGCCACAGACAGCAGUGUCUGAGGGACAAGGAUGUGCUUUGCCUCCCUGCUGAAGCAGCAUUGCACAGCAAUGCAUACAAAGGUUCUUUAGGCAAUUACCAGCUCUGGUUGCAAGCAGAAUUACUGGUGGAAGGCAGGAAUCCUACUAGAGCUCUCUGGGGCUGCCCUGUGCUGUGCUCAGGUUACCCAGAAGUGCCCCCAUUGAUGUGGUGCUGCUGUCCCAGCACAGCUCCAGCCCUGGCCUCCAGUCUUUUCUCCUCCCCAGCUUUCUGUGGGUGAAAAUUUGAGUAUACCAUGACCAUUUACCCCUAUUUCAGUCAUGCCUUGCUGCUGAAAGACUUUAGCAGCAGUGGAGGUCAUAUAGCCAAGCAUGUGGGCUCAGUAUAAACCUGAUUGCCUGUGUGGGAUGAAUUUAUGACUAUAUGGAAAUCAGCUGUAGCAAUGAGACCAUUCUCACAUUUUAGUAUUUUUCUAGCCUUUAACUUGAAAAAUAUUCAGUGGCAAAUCAUUUCAGUGAAUGUUCAGAGCUAAUCUCAACAAAGCCAUACUUUGCUGAUUGCUAGCCUAGCAAAUCUGUGGGUAUGGCUGCUGCUCUAAUUGGAUUACUAAUGUGCCUUUCCAAACCAACACACAUCUGCAGUGUUACAUUUAAAUAAUACAGUAAAUGCUGUGUUACAUAAUAAAUUCAAUUAGGAAAAAUUACUACUUGACUCACACAAAAUAAGUAAUGAAGGGUGCAUUGCACAUUGUACAACCAAUAUGCAAUUUAUUUUUUUUUCCUUUUUUUUUUUUUUUGUGAAUACAUCCAUGUUUGAGCUCAAAUUAUGCUUUCAUGAAUGCUAGGGAAAGAGAAGCACUACAUUGUGGAAAAUAAGGGAAAGUAUGCAUUUUGUAGCAAUGCACUGAGGAAGGACUGCUUUAGUUUACAUGGCCACAGCCUGAGUACAGCUACCAAUGAAGACACAUAUCUUUUUUUCUUUCUCUCUCUGUUUUCUAAAUGGGUAACAUCCACCCCCUUUAAUUACAAUAUCUCUUUAAACCCCUCAAAAAGAAAAUGCAAUUGCCCUACAUUUUGCAUUGGCAAGAAGAGGUCUAAGGUCAAAUCCAAACUUUCAACUCUAAGGAUCCAGAGUGUAGCUUUGAAGUGGGGCUGCAGAUGUGCAGCCUUCAAAUGUGUUGUGCUUCAUCCUUCCCUGGAAAAAAAAGAGGGAGUAAAUACAGAUACAGUUUACUGCAAAUUACCCAAAAAAGUCUGGCAAUCUGGCAUGGGGGAAAAAACUACAGCAAGUGUGCUGUUAUUGAGAAAUGAAAAGCAUGGGGAAAAGGAGAGGCUUAGAAGUGUUCUCCAGCAAAUCCAGCAGAAAACCAAAGACUUACUUUGCAUUUGCUCCUGCAUUUAUUCCUCGUCACACAAUGUUGUGACACUGUCACCCCCCCAGGGAGCUCCUGUUGUGUUGUGGGCUCAGCUACCUCCUCUGGAACAUGGAGAGAGGUGUUUUGUGAGACACAGGGGAGAAGGGACCACACCAUCUUCAUUCAGCACUGAUUUUAGGAAGUCAAUUGCCCAGCUUUUACUGGAGAGCAGCCAUUCUGGUCCCUUAGAGCGAUGAUCCAUAUUUUGGGUGUAUCAGAGGUACAGAUUCCCAUACCUCCAAGUCCUCCUAGUCCCAGGGCCAUGUCAUGCCCAGGAAUGUCCCAGCCAGCUCCCAAGCCCAGACUUGGCAUGAGGAUGUAGCUGGGUUUGAAAGUGUGUAACAUCCCAACAUCCCAUCAUCAACAUCCCAAGUGUUUUCAGGAUCAGACCUUCAGCAGGUGAUGCUUUUCCAAACCUAAGGAAUACAAAGGUGUCCCCAUAUUCCUUUUGUACUUUGCAGACUCUAGGAAUACUUUUUAAAGCCAGGGAGCCAAUGCAAAAUUAAUGCUUUUAUAAUAACACACAUAAACAACGUGAAAAAAAUUCCAGUAUUUCUGACAAUGUGCAAAUCAAACACAAGGUUUUCUCAAUGGAUAUAAUUUCCUAUUACAUGCAAGUAAAAUUAAGUCCAGGAAAUUUUUGCUCCUAGUAACAUCCAUGGGCUGUACAGGCAGUGCAAGAAUUCAGUUCCAGUUUUAUUGUAAAACCUCAGUAUCUGAAAGCACAUCUGAAAAAAUGAUUGGGGGGUUGUUUGUGGGGGGAUUUUUGUGUGUGUAAACAUUGUUUAUUUACAAAAAUAAAAAUGCUAUAAUUCUACAUUUACAAACCCAUUUUUAGGUCACUAGAAUACUACUUUGUUGAAUACUCUCAGCAAAAAUAUUUGUUCUAAAUUUCCAGCCAAUUUAAAUUACUUGAGUUUCAAGAUAACCUGUUGAAAAGUAUUCCUGUUUCUUUUGUUUCUUUUUGAAAGGGCACAGAUCAAUAGAUCUCUUUAGCUGAGCUGGCAUUGUUGUCUCCUACUACAAACCUCAAAAUUUUAAUUCUGGAGAUAAUUCCCCUGUUUGUUUGUUUGUUUUUUCCUCAUUUCUGCAUUGAAUUCUAGAAGGAAUGACCAGUUUUGUGCUGUCUUCUGGUUGGUAUCACUUUCCCUUUUGCAUUGGUUGCAAAUAGCUGAAAUAUUAACACCAGCAAAUGUUCCCAGACACACCAAAAUUAGUCUCUUUCUGAAUGCUUUUCUUUUUUAUUUUUUUUAAAAUCUAAAAUCUGAUUGUAAAAUAUACCAUGGUUAAAAUUAGAAAAUUGAAUAUUUUUCCUACCAACAAAAUUGCUUGACAUGAAUUCUGUGAAGGAUGAUAAUGAUUCAGUUUUUGUGUGAAAAGGCCUGCCUAUUUCAUUUUCCCAUUUUAUCUGUUUCAAUUUCUGAAAGCCAGAAGUAUGUAAGUCCCAUCUGAAAAAUGCCCUAUGCUGCACAUUUGCUCCUGUGAAUGGAGAUUUUAGAGGGACUGAAACCGAGCCUGCCUGAUUGCUGCAAACGGAAUUGCAUGUGUAAACCUUCAAAACCUGAAUAUUUGUACCUGUUUGGCCAUUGCAAACCAAGGGCAUGCUAAUGCAAUUUCAAUUCAAGCAAAGGAACAUAAAUCACAGGGCUCAACUGGCUGCUAACCACUUUUAUCAAAAAAGGCCACUACAGGGCCAAGGAUGGACUCUUGAUACACAACCAUGUUAUUUUGGGGGUUGGUUUGGUGGCUGGGAGUUGGCACUGGGGUGGUUAAAGCAGCUUGGCUGGGUAGAUCCAGGCAGUUCCCUUUGCUGAGCCUCAGGAGAUGUUUGCCAGUACUAAAAAAGUGAAGAAAAAAAAAUGGACAUAGCCUUGAGCCUCCCUUGAGGAGCACAGCAAAGUGCUGCAGCCUGUGCUAGGCUGUUUCUGGCCACCUUUGAGCCCUCAGUCCUUCCUGGAACUGGAGAGUUUGGGACACAGGUGCAGCUGUCGACUCAGUCUUCUCUCUGCAGUGCCUCUGCACUGGCAAAGCAGCAAUCCCACUGUGAUCCUGCUCAUAAAAUUGAUAGAUUUGUAUAGACUUUCCAUAUGAUGACAGCGUAUAUAAAUAUUGUAAGAUGAAUCAAUUACCGAGUCUGGCUAUAUUUGCUAAGAGAUCUUUAUCGGUAAAAACAAGAAAAAUUGUCUCACCAGUUCAGUGAAUCAACAAAAGAAAGUGGUGUUCUGAACAGAAAGUAAGGUGCUAAAAUAAACAAUUGGACCCCAAUGCUCAGGCAUGUGUCACAAAAUUAUCGUUCUUUUCCAAUGCUCAAUGCACCUGCGUCUUUUGGGAAAAGCCUUGGUUUCUGCCAGCACCAGGGCAUGCAAGGCUUCUAUUUUCUUUAAGAAAGCAAAAUGUAUCUGAGGACAUGCCUUGGUCUGCACAGUGCUCAGGGAUGGGCUUGCCUCCAUCCCCACAUUUAAGCCUGCUUGUGGACCAUAAAUACUGGUCCAGUCCCCAGCAGAAAAUGGACAGAAUGGCCCUGCCUUGGGGACUCUGGUUUUUGGAGAGCAGUUGAAUGUCAUGGCAAACCACAGCUGCCUCCUCCAGCCAAGCCCCUGCCAGGGUGGGAUCCAUCCCACUGCCAGCCCCUGGUCUGGAGCCAGGGAUCCUACUGCCAGGAGAGUGGUGCAAAUCAUCAACGAUGUGCUCUUAUCCCUGCCUUCUUAAUGGGCUAAAAACAGUGAAAAACAGAGAGAUCAUUUUCUAUUUUAAUGAUCAAAAGGGUGUUGCCCAUUAUUCACAGCCUAUACACAAGAUGUUAUGGCUUUCAAUUUUCCUGCACUGAUCAUUCAGUCCAUUUGGCAGCUGACCUUCAAGUGGUCAUGGUUUUUCAAAAAAAGGAGUAAAAAACCCCAAACAGAAAACCCAAACACCCUUUACCAGCAUUUCAGACAAGCAAAAUAAUCACGAAUGAGGUGGUAAGGAUCUCACAUGCAAAAGCUGUGAGCAGAGCUGCCUCUGUUUGCAGCAGCUAGAUGUUUUCACGGCAGGGGGAAAAGUUUGGGUUCAGCAGAGCAUCAGGUGGAUGUUUGGGGUGCUGGACAUUGCCCUGCAGACAGCUGCAGCACCAAAAUGGCACUUUUUGAACAAAUCUCUGCAUCUGUUUCUACACUGUUAGGGACAUUUCACGUGCCUGGUACUGAAAUCAGAGGAUGUUGGCCAGUGUUACACAAGCAACUUACUAUCACUGGUGCUUAUGGGUAUUAGCCAGGGACAUUUUUAACCACUAAGAGAAAUUUCAGCUGAGUGUUGGUCAGAGAAAAAGGAUAUUUUGCCAUCCUGCUGCAGCAGGGCCCAGUGCCUGACAUCACUCAACAUACUCCCAAAGAGUCGAACCACACAGAGAUUACCUAAAUAGGCCAAAUGAGAUGGUGGGGUCUAAGAAGCAAGUGUUCCUGUGGCUUGAAUCUGAACUUGGUUGAAUUGCAGGUAGUAAAUAGCCUAAUUAAAUAGAUGGAAUGACUUAAAUGCCUGCAGAAGUCAAAAGGAGAUGCAUGUAUUUUUCCAUCACAAUUUUGGCUGUGUUUACCAAGUUAAUAGGUGAAAUGAAGAAACAUAAGUUCCUCUAUUAGUUGUUGAUUUGAUUGUUGAUUGUUGACAAAUUGUUGAUUGGAAAACAUAGAUUUUUACUCUCUUUCAGAUAAUGCUUCCUUGCAAAACAUUAAACUGGAAUAAAUUUCAAGAUUGAAAUCUAUUUAAACAAGUGGCAGUUUUAAAAAUGCUUUAAUCCUGGGUUGACAGGAACUUAGCCUCCAAUUUAUACCAUAAUUGUGAGGGCUCUUAACAAAUCAGUCCCAUUGUUGAUGUCAGCUCAGGAUUUUUCCACUGUAAGAUCUCUGAAUGAAGAGGACUAAAAGCCAUAUACAAAGCCAAGCAAACACGGAUCACAUUUCUACUGGUUUGUUAUAUGCAGUUUGCAAACAAAAAUGGGUAUUUUGGGCUUGGCACCCCUUCAUUCACAGAAACAUGGAUCCAGGAGGCAGAGACAGCUGAGGUGCAGCUGCUUUGCAGAGCGGUGCAGAGGCAUUGGCAGAGGAUGUGUAGAGCUGGUGCUUAAGGAGGCUGCAGAAGAACCCACUGCUGGUGUCCAGGGAACAUUCCUGUGUGGUUUUUAAUGCCGUGAAACAUGAUCGAGUAUGGGUUCUCUACAUCUGGGAGGAUGUCAUAUUCCAGGUGACGUUUGGAAUGUUACAAUUAAGCUACUACAAAGGCUUUUGAAAUAAACAGGA